AACAGUAAAGGUAAGUAACAAGAGAAUCUUCCACUGGACCCCAAAGCACCAAAAUGGCAGAAUUAGUCUCUGAUGCUCAAAAUCCUUUAAACUGCCCGAUCUGUCUGAACCUGUUUAAGAACCCGGUGACUACAGCCUGUGGGCACAGUUUCUGUCACGACUGUAUAAAGGGUUGCUGGGAUCGAGAUGCUUCUUUGAGGCGAGCGUACAGCUGCCCUACAUGCAGGAAGACGUUCAACCGAAGACCAGAUCUCAGCAGAAGCACGGUCCUGGCUGAGAUUGUAGAGGGAAUGAAACAGGAAGUUCCAGCUAAGCCUGAAGAUGUUACGUGCGAUUCUUGCAAAGGAAGAAAACUCAAAGCCGUCAAGUCUUGUUUGUUUUGUAUGGCUUCUUACUGCCCAACUCACAUUCAGCCUCAUUACGAGUCUGAAGCUUUUAAGAAACACAAGCUGGUAGACGCUUCCUCGGAUCUACAGCAGCAGAUCUGCCCUCAGCAUCAUAAAGCUCUGGAGAUAUACUGCUAUAACGACCAGAAGUGUAUAUGUGUAGUUUGUAUGGGGACUCAACACAGUGGACAUCGAACGGUCUCAGCUGCAGCUGAAAUGGCAAAAACAGGUAUGGUUCAAAAAGCAUAA